GACAUGAAGAUAUUGGCAUUGACACUCAUGGUGUUCGUCGUUCUUUCGACAUCAUUUGCGGCUCCAAAUAAAGUGGGAGACACUGCUGUGGGAGCGGCAUGUGACGCAAAGCAGCUUCAGCCUUGCCUGGCAGCGAUUACAGGAGGAGGCCAACCCUCUGGUGAUUGUUGUGCAAAGCUGAAGGAGCAACAGUCAUGCUUGUGUGGGUUUGCUAAGAUCCCUUCGUUUGCUCAGUACGUUAACUCUCCCAACGCUCGCAAAGUCCUAUCCGCUUGUGGUGUUCCUUAUCCAAGUUGCUAAAAACCUAGAGAUGUUAUAAUUAACUAAAUAAAUAAAUAAAUCACGAGUAAGGAAGAUAAAUAACAUUUUAUCAAACUAUGUUGUCCAA